AUGGCUGAGCCGCCGGAGAGUAAAGAGCUGGAGCUCAAAUCUCCGGACCCUGCAGCGGCAUCAGUCCAACCCACCAGCGAGGAGCGUCAUGAUUCUCCUUCCGACUCUGACGACAAAGAGCUACAUAUCGACGAAAAGGGCGCUGAGCGUGAAGAGGAAGAGCAUGAAUUAGGCGAUGUCACGAAAGAGUCAAAUCGAAACCGUUUAAAUGUCACAAAAAGCGUUGCGACUGAUGCCAGUGUUGCUACUGGUGCGCCUUCAACAGUUCUACCCCCACCCGCCAAACCUUGGUACAAACAAAUAAACCCGUUGCGAUGGGGAGGAAUUCCGGCUGUUCCCAAGGAACGAAUUGUGUCACGCGAGUAUACCGCAGGCUUCUUCAGCAAGUUGACGUUUCAAUGGAUGACACCUCUUAUGACUACUGGCUACAAGCGACAGCUGGAAAAAGGCGAUAUUUGGGAGGUAAAUCCGGACCGAGCUGUUGAACCACUCACCCAAAAAGUCAAAGAAUCGUUCUACCGUCGUGUCAAAAACGGCGAAAAGAACCCUCUGUUCUGGGCACUACACGAAACCUUCAAAUUUGAAUUCUGGUUAGGUGGUUUGUGUGCGCUCAUUACCGCCGUUUUGCAGGUCAUCGCUCCAUUUACGCUCCGGUUUCUCAUCCAAUUUGCCACAGAUGCGUACAUCGCCAACGUUGAAGGAGGCCCUGCGCCGCCGAUCAAAAAUGGCAUCGGUCUCGCUAUUGGCGUCACUGCCAUGCAAAUUUUUCAGGCAUUCGGUGUGAGCCACUUCAUUUAUAGGGGAAUGAUGAUGGGUGGUCAGAGCAGAGGUGUUCUCAUUGGCUUCAUCUAUGAGAAAGCCAUGGUCAUUUCUGGCAGGGCAAAAGCAGGCGGCACCAAAGCUUCGAUGAUGCCUGAAGCAGAUGAUGCUGAUGAGAAGGAGAAGGGUAAGGAGAGCACUACAGACGACAAGAGCGGCAAAUCCAAGAAGAAGGGCAAGAAGGGAAAGAAGGGAAUGCCUGAGCAGGAUGGCCUCGGCUGGGCGAAUGGACGCAUCGUCAACUUGAUGAGUGUUGACACGUACCGUAUCGAUCAGGCGUCCGCCCUUUUCCAUAUGAUCUGGACCUCUCCCGUUGUUUGUCUGAUCACCUUGGUAUUGCUGCUCGUCAACUUAACAUACAGCGCCUUGGCGGGAUUUGCCCUUCUCGUUGUUGGUGUCCCAGCGCUCACAAAGGCUAUCCAAACUUUGUUCCGUCGACGCAAAGCUAUCAACAAAAUCACUGAUCAACGUGUUUCUUUGACUCAGGAGAUUCUCCAAUCUGUGCGAUUCGUGAAGUAUUUUGGUUGGGAAAAGGCCUUCAUCGCCCGUCUUGGCGAGUUCCGCGCCAAGGAGAUCUACUCGAUUCAAGUCCUACUGGCUAUUCGAAACGCCAUCAAUGCCGUUAGCAUGUCAUUGCCCAUCUUUGCAUCUAUGCUCUCGUUCAUCGUGUACUCGCUAUCAAAUCACGAUUUGGCACCUGCCAAGGUCUUCUCGUCUUUGGCCCUGUUCAAUGGUCUGCGCAUACCCCUUAACUUACUGCCCCUAGUUUUGGGUCAAGUCACCGACGCGUGGUCGUCCAUGAAACGUAUCGAAGAGUUUUUGAUGCAAGAGGAGCAAGAAGAAGAUGUCAUUUAUAGACCAGACGGGGCGAACGCGGUCGAGAUGGUUGAUGCGGCGUUCACCUGGGAGAGAACAGCUACUCAGGACCCUGAUAAAGGCAACAUUGCUGGCCCAGGCAAAGACAAGAAGACUGCGAAGGAACCUAAGAAUGCACCCAAACCCUCGAAGCCUAAAACUACUACAGGAAACACCGAAGAAGACUCUGCAAGCACAUUGGUCGAGGAGCGAGAGCCAUUUAAACUCCAAGAUUUGAACUUUGAGGUCAAACGAAACGAGCUCGUCGCCGUCAUUGGGACCGUCGGCAGCGGCAAAAGUUCUCUUCUCGCUGCUUUAGCUGGAGAUAUGCGCAAAACCAACGGAGAUAUUGUUUUUGGGGCUUCCCGAGCAUUUUGUCCUCAGUACGCUUGGAUUCAGAACACUACUCUUCAGAACAACAUUACCUUUGGAAAGGACAUGGAUCGUGACUGGUACCGUGAAGUCAUCAGAGCAUGCGCUCUCCAAGCUGACUUGGACAUGCUUCCUAACGGUGACCAGACCGAAAUCGGCGAACGAGGCAUCACGAUUUCCGGCGGUCAAAAGCAGCGUCUCAACAUUGCUCGUGCCAUCUACUUUGAUGCCGAUGUUAUUCUCAUGGAUGAUCCCCUUAGUGCGGUGGAUGCACACGUCGGGCGGCAUAUCUUCGACAAUGCGAUCCUGGGCUUACUGAAGGAUAAGUGUCGCAUCCUAGCCACGCAUCAACUUUGGGUCCUCAGCCGUUGUGACAGAAUUAUAUGGAUGGAUGGCGGCAAAAUUCAGGCAAUUGAUACUUUCAACAAUUUGAUGAAGGAUCACAAGGGUUUUCAAGCUCUCAUGGAAACCACUGCCAUAGAGGAAAAAGAGGAAGAACCCCAAGCUGUUGCUCCCGUUGACCUCGCAGACGAGCGCAGGAAACGCCAGAAGAACAAGAAAGGAGCCGCUCUUAUGCAGCAAGAAGAGAAACCCGAAUCAAGCGUGCCCUGGUCUGUCUAUGGGGCAUAUGUGCGCGCGUCUGGUUCAAUCCUGAAUGCUCCAUUCAUCAUUAUUGUUCUGAUUAUUUCGCAAGGCGCCAACAUCGUAACGGGUCUUUGGCUUUCGUGGUGGACAUCAAACAAAUUCGGCUAUUCUACCGGCGAAUACAUCGGCAUCUAUGCUGCACUUGGUGUUGUCCAAGCUCUUCUCAUGUUCAUCUUUUCCGUAACGCUAUCAAUACUGGGAACGAACUCCAGCAAAGUCAUGUUGCGCGACGCCGUUCAACGUGUACUGCGCGCCCCAAUGUCCUUCUUCGAUACCACACCCCUCGGCCGCAUCACGAAUCGCUUUUCCCGGGAUGUGGAUGUCAUGGACAACAAUCUAACAGACGCUAUCCGAAUGUACUUUUUUACACUAGCCAUGGUUACGGCUGUUUUUGCCCUCAUCAUCGCCUACUUCCACUGGUUUGCCAUCGCCUUGGUUCCCCUUUACUGCCUGUUCAUCUUGUCCGCAUCAUACUACAGGGCAUCGGCCCGAGAAGUAAAGCGAUUUGAAUCAGUAUUGCGAUCCAACGUCUUUGCAAAAUUCGGCGAAGGUCUCAGCGGAGUAGCAUCUAUCAGAGCGUAUGGUCUCAAGACCCGAUUCAUCAAUGAGCUUCGGAGUUCGAUCAAUGAGAUGAACGGUGCGUACUAUCUCACUUUUUCGAAUCAGAGAUGGUUAUCUGUUCGUUUGGACAUGGUCGGCAAUGCGCUAGUAUUCACCGUGGGCAUCCUGGUUGUGACCUCGCGAUUCAGCGUCAAUCCAUCCAUUGGUGGUCUUGUGCUCAGCUACAUUCUCUCAAUUGUUCAAAUGCUUCAGUUCUCUAUUCGACAGCUGGCCGAGGUGGAAAACGGAAUGAACGCUGUGGAGCGCUUGCAGUACUAUGGCUCGCAGCUCGAAGAAGAAGCCCCUCUACAUACCGUUGACGUACGUGAGAGCUGGCCAGAGAAGGGUGAAAUUAUCUUUAAUAACGUCGAGAUGAGAUAUCGCGAGAACCUUCCACUGGUCCUACAAGGGCUGUCCAUGCACAUCCGCGGUGGAGAGCGUAUCGGUAUCGUUGGUAGAACGGGAGCGGGAAAGAGCUCCAUCAUGAGCACCCUAUUCCGCCUUGUCGAAAUUUCUGCCGGCAGCAUCACCGUCGACGGCAUCAAUAUCUCCACAAUUGGUCUUUACGACCUUCGUUCUCGUCUUGCCAUUAUCCCACAGGAUCCAACUCUCUUCCACGGCACCAUCCGCAGCAAUCUCGACCCCUUCAGUGAGCAUACCGACCUAGAGUUAUGGUCAGCCCUUCGUCAAGCCGAUCUCGUUCCCGCCGACGCAUCAAUGGAUGACCGCAAGACCGAUCCAUCCCGACUUCAUCUCGACACUGUUGUUGAAGAAGAUGGCCUCAACUUCUCUCUCGGUCAACGUCAACUCAUGGCUCUAGCUCGCGCGCUCGUCCGCGGCUCUCAAAUCAUCGUUUGCGAUGAAGCCACUUCGUCUGUGGACAUGGAGACUGACGACAAGAUCCAAAAUACCAUGGCAACCGGUUUCAAGGGCAAGACCCUUCUAUGUAUUGCUCACCGUCUCCGCACCAUCAUUGGGUACGACCGCAUUUGCGUCAUGGACGCGGGUCAGAUCGCAGAGAUGGAAACCCCUCUUGCACUUUGGCAGCAAGGCGGAAUCUUUAGAAGUAUGUGUGACAGAAGCGGUAUUCGAAUGGAGGAUAUUCAGGGGGCUAAGGAUGGUUUGGCUGCGUUGGAUGCAGGACCAAGCAACUAG